AGGAGUUGACAUUAUGUCUGGACUUACCGCUGGGACCCAUGAGGGCCAACAUCUGUCCAGGCAGAGCCUUCCCCGAGACGUCCCACAGGAUCCUCUUCCCGUUGGCGUCAACACACACGUGCUGGAAUACCAUCUCUGCGCUCCCCGCGGUUUUCAAUUCCGGCGCUGCUGCACCCGCGUCCUCAACCUCCGCGUCACCCAUGCUGCUUGAUUGGGACGUUAAGGAUGGAGCUGACGAUCAGGUGCUCGCAAUGGAUGGAAGGACGGCGCGUGUAAUCUACGUGGACCGCGAUGUUUUCGGCGAUUGAUGCGCGUUCUCGACUCCUCGGCUUCUUUUAUAGUCAAGGAAACCCCAUAUCCCUAUUGCACCAUAGGGUUUUUACAACGGACGCGGCGGUUUGUAACGUACCGGACUUACAACGAGAUUGUGCAAUAGUCUAAUGUGCCCCGCCCCUCUAAUUAACCACGUGGGUUGUACUCUAAUCGAAGCGCACCGUUCUUCGCACGAUUUGUGUUCUUCUGUUCAAUCCGCCUGUCUGUCAUCGGUCAUGGGACGUAAGAAGAAGCCUUUUAUCGACAAGAAGAAGGGGACGACAUAUCACCUGGUGCCGCGGAGUCAAGCUGACCCACUGCUGGAUGAUCCUCGGGAACCACAGCACGUCCUCAAGCCAGAGAAGUCCGGAGUUCCCCCGACCACCAGGGAUGAGCGACUGGCCCAGCAGAGCUACUACGGAGUUCACUACACUGAUGACUAUGACUACCUGCAGCACCUCAGGGAGCCUGGCACUGCCGUCCUGGAGCCUGUCACUGCACCCUCUCCCCGCGGUGGAGGGACGUCACCUGCAGGUCUGCCGGGCAGUAGUGUUUGGUUCUGAGGUGAAGUUGAAGGGAAAUUGAGCAAAGUCCUCCCAAUUACCGGUCCACGGCCAGACUGGGACCCUGAUAUAGUGGCCAGUCUGGACGAUCCUGACUCAAACUUUGACAUUGACAACCAACUGGACGACGACUUUGUUCUACAGGCUAAUGGAGGAGAACCUGGUGUUCCUGUCUACGUCACUGACAGUGAAAGAGGUGGAGGAGGAGGAGGGGAGGAGGGAGAGGGAGGGGUGUGGUGGAUGGAGAGAGGGGAUUUCUCCGUCUCACGGCAAUGGAACGACCAAUUAGGAUCAACGGAGACCGCCGACUCUGAAUCCACUGAAACUGACCAAUCGGAGGCCAGCAGUACAAAGGCAGGGGGUGGGGAAGUGGGAUCGAGGGUCAUUCCUAAUUGGAGCCCACCAGAGGAGAGAGUGGCAAUGUUCACAGACUAUUCCAUCAGUUCAUCAGUAGUGCCGAGGAACAAAGGAUUAACACAGUUGGAUCAGAGAUUUGAAAAGUUCAUGACGGAGUACGAUGACUCAGAACUGGGAGCUCCUGAGGUGGAGGAAGAGAGGGAGACAAGUGGCUACUGGACAUGGCUCUCACGGACUUCCACGAGAACUUCACUGAGAAAGUCAACCUAGUGACAGAAGGAGGAAUGUCAUCUGAUGGAAUUAGGGAAAGGAAUGGGGGAAUGAGGGAGGGUGGAGAGGAGGCGAGGCAAAGAGAGGAGGCAGGGGUUGGGGAAGAAGGUUAUUCCAGCUGUGAUUCUGGUGAAGAGAGGGAGAGUGGGGAGGAGAUGGAGGAGGGGAGGAGAGGGAAGUGGUGAGGGUGGAAGUGGGAAAACCAGAAUGGGACUGUGAAAGCAUCCUCAGUACCUACUCCAACCUGUACAACCACCCCACUAAGAUAGAGGAGCCGUCCAGAGGACACAGCCCCAUACCCCUGUCCAGGAAGACUGGACUUCCUCUGGGGGCCAUCCCUGGCCCUCUCUCCAAGGAGAAACCUGCCAAACAGAUGCCAGUGACAAGACCAAGAAGUGAGACAACAGACGAGAGAAGAGAGAGAAAGAGAGCUGUCAAGGAAGAGAGAAAGUUUCGUCGCUCUGAGAAGAAGGCAACAAAGAUGCUAUUCCACUCUGAGCAGCUGAGACAAGAGAGACUUAACUUUUGUCAGAGAAAGACUGCAACUGUCGUCUAAUGCUAUCUCAGCCAUCUCCUUUUAUCGUGGUCAUCUUGUAUCACUGUCCCCGUGCACUUGUUGAGUAGUUGUCCGCUGGCUCUUCGUUUUCCACAGUGUGCGCGCCGCCGGC